AUGCGAAGGCCUGUUGUUUCAGCAACGCCAGCGUCAACAACAAGUACGCAAACAGCACGGAAGGCUCGUGGAGCUGUAACCAUUUCGGAGAAUAAGUGUAACAGCAUUAUUCUGGAAGAUCUACUCACAAAGAACAUCAACGAAACGGAUCCCGUAGCGUCCAAACGAGCAAUCCAUAAAGCCGCUCAGGAGCAAGUUAAUGAUGCUGUCAUCGACAUUAUUUGUUCCGACGCUGGUUUUACAUACAUCGUCAGUACGUCUGAAUACUGUGAAGCACAGAAGGAGAAAGUCAUAUGUUUUAUCUACAAAAAGCCCUAA